GAAGGGUUGUCGAACGAAUUUUUUCCCUUUUUCGUUUUUUCCUUUUCCCCGCAAUCUUAUUAUCGCCGCUCGUUUUCUUAAGUUCGACACGCUCCACGCUCGGCUUCUUCGUCUCUUCUCCUUUAUCAUUUCGACCGUUUGCUCAUCUGGUGCGAGAGAAAAUGCGCUGAGAAGCGAUCGACGAAGAAUGUCGAUGGACGAGACACAUGGGGGCGGCAUGGUUUCCGCAAUCCUUUCCUCGAUCGUGCUUCUUCUCCUGCUUGGACACACCGUGGACGCUCAGAGGAGCUUGGAAUUCUUCGACCUUCUACCGGAAGAUCCCAAAUUAUACGACAAAAUGCGACCUCCAAAGAAGGAUGGACAGGCGACCGUAGUUUAUUUCCAUGUCACUGUUAUGGGUCUCGAUUCCAUAGAUGAGAAUUCAAUGACCUAUGCAGCCGACAUAUUUUUCGCCCAAACUUGGAAGGACAACAGGCUCCGAUUACCAGAAAAUAUGACAUCCGAAUACAGAUUACUUGAAGUCGAUUGGCUGAAGAAUAUGUGGCGGCCGGAUUCAUUCUUCAAGAACGCGAAAUCAGUGACGUUCCAAACGAUGACUAUACCGAAUCAUUACUUAUGGUUGUACAAAGACAAGACUAUUUUAUACAUGGUCAAACUAACGUUGAAGUUAUCGUGCGCCAUGAACUUCUUGAUCUAUCCUCACGACACUCAAGAGUGUAAAUUACAAAUGGAAAGUCUGUCGCACACGACGGAUGAAAUGAUCUUCCAGUGGGAUCCUGACGUGCCACUCGUCGUCGACGAGAACAUCGAGCUGCCCCAGCUCCAACUGGUUAAGAAUUACACGGCCGAUUGCACGCAGGUCUAUUCUACUGGUAACUUCACUUGCCUCGAAGUAGUGUUCGUCCUGAAACGUAGACUCGGCUACUACUUGUUUCACACUUACAUUCCAACCUGCUUGAUCGUAAUCAUGUCGUGGGUCUCCUUCUGGAUAAAACCGGAAGCGGCGCCAGCCAGAGUGACGCUCGGCGUAACUUCCUUGCUGACCCUCUCGACGCAACACGCCAAGAGUCAAGCGUCCCUUCCACCUGUUUCGUAUCUAAAGGCAGUGGACGCUUUCAUGUCGGUUUGCACGGUGUUCGUGUUCAUGGCGUUGAUGGAGUAUUGCCUGGUGAACAUCGUCCUCGGCGACUCGGACACGCCCCCGAAACCGGCGCCACCACCUCCCCCGCCGUCCUCCAGCGGCCCCGAUUCCGCCAAGCUCGAUAAAAUUUUCGACAUCGCCACUAAGGAAAACGCAAUGUUGUUAUCCGGCCGAUCGCAGAAAUCGACGACCGGUCCACCGCCAGGCCCAACACCCGCACAGAAGGCGCGGAUGCGUGCCCUGAACAUCGAUCGGGUCUCCCGCGUCUUCUUUCCUUUCCUCUUCGCCGUGUUGAACGUAACUUAUUGGAUAAUGUUCGCCGAGUACAUUUAAGCCGCCGUGGAAAUCGUGGCAAACUCGAACAGACCGGAAACGUCGAUGCUGGGAAAGAAGAUAUCGGACGGAGGAGGUGUUUCUGAAAAAGGGAGAAAGAGA